AUGUCCUCGAGAAAGAAGGUCUUACUCAAGAACAAGAAUUCUGACUACAAGUUGAAGGUCAUCAUUCUAGGCGAUAGCGGUGUAGGGAAGACUUCAUUGAUGAAUCAAUAUGUCAACAAGAAAUUCAGCGCUUCUUACAAAGCCACCAUUGGCGCAGAUUUCCUCACAAAGGAAGUGCUGGUAGACGAUAGGCUGGUCACCAUGCAAAUCUGGGAUACAGCGGGCCAGGAACGUUUCCAAUCUCUCGGCGUAGCCUUCUAUCGCGGUGCCGACUGUUGCGUCCUUGUCUACGACGUCAACAACCAAAAGUCGUUCGAAACACUCGAUUCUUGGCGGGAUGAGUUCUUAAUACAAGCCUCUCCUAGAGAUGCAGAUUCAUUCCCCUUUGUUGUAAUUGGUAACAAAAUCGAUGUGGACGAUGGAAAGAGGCAGGUGCCUCAGAAAAGGGCUAUGGCGUUCUGUCAGAGUAAAGGCAAUUUGCCAUAUUUUGAGACUAGUGCGAAGGAAGCGAUUAAUGUUGAACAGGCAUUUGAAGUGAUUGCGAGGCAUGCCUUGGCUCAGGAAGAGGCGGAGGAGUAUACAGGCGAUUUUGGAGCAUCUACUAUUGUUGAUAUCGGGGCUGAUGCCGAUAGAGAUGGGUGCGCUUGUUAG